UGCUUUGCCCGAUUAUAUCGAGAGGUCCAUAACGCGGCUAACAUUUUAGUUCCGAUUUUGUCGAGCUGCGUAACCUUCGUUUUCUCAGAGUUUCAUUUUGCAACGUGACUAGUCUCGUGCAGCCAAAUUUGAUGAACAUCGAUUAGGUAGCUGCGAGUGUUUUUGCAUUCGUACAUAACUGUUUUCAACUGGAAGCAGCCAAGGUGCAGUUCUUUUUGCUCAAAUCACUCAGUCCAUCUGGAUUGGUUUGCUCAGUUUUCAGUCGGCGACGGUUUUGUGAGAAGCAGACGUUUGGUUUUUGAUUUCGUUGUUUCUGUUCAAUUCGCAAUCACGGCGAGCGUAGUGGCAAAUCAUCGUCAUCCGGUUAUCUCAUCCUUCCCGAAGAUGAGCUCGCUGGAUUCUAUGCAUUUCCCGUAUGGGCCACCAUUUCCUUCCCGUCGGGGAAAGAACUAUCCAAAUCUCACGGGAUACGUGUUCCAACCAAGUCAAACAGAAUAUGAAUCGCGUCACAUGGAAAUACUGUACAGUGCAGCGAAGGAUCAGUAUCUGCGAUGCGAUUUUUACGGAGAAGACAAAAUUGUGCAAGGGUAUGACAAGCUUUGUUAUGCCGAAUACAAUACCCAGCGUUACUUCGUGGAUGACUGGAAUCUUGCUUACAUUGGGAAAAGUCAGUUUUCCGAUAAUGCCACAGCCCGAAUUGACUGGCGAUUUGAUCUGACUCGAGUUGGCCUGCAAGUCCGAAGUCUACAAGUGCGCUUCCCGACACAGUCCUUCAAUGACGGAUAUGUGAAUGUCUCGUUCUAUGGACAGCGCGGUGAUGGCGAAGUAGAUCAUGUUGAUAUUUCCGAGGCCAGUGAUUUUCUGGAGAUCCCGGAAGCGGUCGGAUGGCGGGAGUUUGUGCUGUCGGCGGAGCUGUUGAAUGAGACGGAGAAUGGUUCUCAUAAUGCCUCUCAAAUGUUCCGGCAAAUUCUCAAUUCCGAGUACAACGACCGGGAUUCGUUAUAUCCCUUUAGAAUUGUAGUGGAUUUUGAUGACUACGAGAGCAUCCAAUUGCAACUAUAACUCAGGGCUUUCAUUUUUUGUAUUGGUGAAACUCACGGUGCAGUUUGAAAAAACAUUUGUGAACUUUUCGCCCAGUGUGCGAAAUUCUCCGUCGGUUGCAUGCAUACUCUGUUCGCUGCUGUACAUGAUGCAUUUAUGCCCGCGUGACUGGCUUAUUAAUGGUUCUGUUUUAUGAUAAUUAUGAAACUUGAGGCUAUGGAUUGACGUUCUGGUUGUGAAUUUCUUGAGUUGAAGGAAGUUUAUUAGUGAUGGUGUAGUACAAUUUGUCCUUUAAUACGUAACCUCUCAUAUCCGCUGCUCAUAGUCAACAUAUUCGAAUGCCGUGUCCAAAUGGCUCAGUGUUUUGUUAGUAUUUCUUUGUACUGGUUACAGUGGUUAGUGCUACUUUGAGUUGCUUAACCAUGUAAAUAAAUUCGCGAUUUGGGA